UACUACGGCUCCACAAAAUCACACGAGCGCGAUUCAAAUACGUCUGUUCCCCAGUUGGUGUGUUUGACCCAGAGAUCAGUGACUCCACGAUUUUGUCUGUUAGACUUCACGUUCUUCCAUCGUCAUAAUGGCCGCCACGCAAGGACAUGAUGACAUUGCGCCCAAGAUGGACAACCACUCGGGCAAAUCGGUUGCCCGUUCGACGAGCGACCUCGAGAAGCAGCAAACACCUCAGGAUGAUGCGUUGAAGAGGAAGCUCUCGAGUCGUCACCUGCAAUUCGUGGCUAUUGGCGGAACUGUCGGUACUGGUGUUUUCAUCGCCAGUGGAAGCUCGAUCAACACAGCUGGUCCAGCCGGUGCGCUGCUCGCCUAUGUCUUCGUCGGUACUCUCGUCUACUCAGUCAUGAUGUCCCUGGCUGAGAUGGCUACUUACCUUCCUAUCGCUGGUGCCUUCACACAAUACGCAUCUCGAUUUAUCGACCCCAGUCUGGGAUUCGCAAUGGGUUGGAUCUACUGGUUCUCGUGGUCGAUCACGUAUGCCCUUGAACUGUCAGCCGCCGGCCUCAUCAUCCAGUGGUGGAACCAGGACCUGAACAUCGCCAUCUUCAUCACGAUUUUCUGGGUUCCCAUCACCGCGGUCAACUUCCUUCCCGUUGACAUCUUUGGCGAGUUCGAAUUCUGGUUUGCUUCCAUCAAGGUCGUUGCCCUUUUUGGUUUCUGGAUCUUCGCCAUCAUCAUGAAUGCUGGUGGCGUUGGGUCCCAAGGAUACAUCGGCUUCAAGUACUGGGAUUCGCCUGGUGCUUUCGCCCCUUACCUUGCCGAUAGCGUUGCUGUUGGAAAAUUCGUGGGGUUCUGGGCUGUGCUUAUCAAAGCUGGUUUCGCUUUCCAGGGCACUGAACUCUGCGCCAUCGGUGCCGGAGAAUCCGCAAACCCCCGAGUCACGAUGCCGAGGGCUAUUCGCAACACGUUCUGGAGCAUCUUCACUCUGUUCAUCUUCACAAUCUUCUUCGUCGGUAUCCUGGUCCCCUACGACAAUGAGUCCAUCGCUAUCGGCAACACAAACGCCGGUUCAUCUCCUUUGGUCAUUGCCAUUCAACUCGCUGGAGUCGCCGCGCUUCCGGAUAUCUUCAAUGCCGUCCUUCUGACCGUCGUUCUGUCGGCUGCCAGCUCAAACGUAUACUCCGGUAGCCGCAUUCUUGUCGGUCUUGCCGAGAACGGCUGUGGACCAGCUUUCCUCAAGAAGACCACCAAGCAGGGUGUACCUUACUGGGCCACCGCCAUCACUGCUGCAAUGGGUCUGCUCGGUUACAUGAACUGCUCCGCUAGCGGAACUGAAGCCUUCAACUGGCUGCUGAACAUCAUUUCUGUCGCUGGCUUCAUCGCAUGGUCUUGCGUUUGUCUCUGCCACGUUGCCUUCAUGAAGGCUCUCAAGGCACAGAAUAUCGAUCGCGACACCCUGCCUUUCAAGUCCUGGGGCGGUGCACCUAUGGCCUGGUACGGCUUUGGAUUCACUGCUCUCAUUACCCUGACGCAGGGUUUUACUGCGUUUGUCCCUUGGAACGUCGAAAACUUCUUCAUUGCAUACAUCAGUCUGAUCCUCUUCGCGGUUCUGUACAUCGGCCACAAGAUUGUGUACAGACCAUCAUUCGUCAAACCUGCUGAGGCGGAUCUUAUUUCUGGCCAGUUUGUCGAGGAGACUUCUGAGACUUGGGAGGAGAGUCCGAGGUCGACAUGGAAGAAGAUGCUGAACAAGGUGUCAUUGGCAUGAGUUUUGCAUUGUUCCGCAUUGGAUGCAGGUUUUUAAAAGUCUUUACGAUAGCAUGGCCUGGUUGCAUUGCCUGGCGUUUACUUAGUGUAGCGAUAUCUCGGAGCACGAUACCAACGUUAAUGUUUA